CCCUCGCAUACCUUCCGCUGCUGCUGUUUCCACCGCGUGAACAUUAAGUGUCGCCGCUGCUUGUUCUUAAUCUCCGAAAUGCUGAAGCCUGGGGAAACUUGGAGCUUUGGAGUGCUCAGGAGAAAAAAAGUCCUUCUAAUUAAAUAGAGUUGCUUCUGACUCAUUGUCUUUGCUGUGUAGUACAGUUACCUCUCUUCCUUUAACUGCCUGAAAGGAACCAAGAUUCGAGCCCAUCUCAUACUACUGUCCUCAGAAUGGAGGCAAAAGUCACGCUCUGUACCUGACUGCAUUAUGCAACACUUCAGUUUGCCAGAACCACCCUUGCACAGCUUGCCCCACCCUGGACACUAUGAAGAUGAAAUUGCCAUGACUCGAAGUCAACAGCACUCUUCUGGGUCCAGAUGAACUUAAACCAGCAUGCAGCCCUCAAGACCAGGCUCUCCAGGGCCAUCUCCAAACCUCCUUGAUGGAAUCCCAAGGUAACAGCCAGAUGGAUGUAUGGAACUUCACAGCUCAGCCUGGAGGAGAGGAGCAGAGCCAACCCUUGGGGCAGGCAUGGUGUACCUCUGCCUGGAGCUCUAAAUUCGAAAGAACCUUAGCAUCAGUUCAGUAAAUACUGGCCAAGACUGAAUUGAGUUGAAUAUAGCCAACCCACUUAGUUUACAGAGGAGACAACUAGAAUGCUGAAGUGGAGUUUGUCCGAACUGGCUAUGGGAAGGAUAUGGUAAAAGUUCUCCGUAUUCAACGCGAUGGAAAAUACCACAGUAUUAAAGAGGUGGCAACUUCAGUGCAACUUACUCUGGGUUCCAAAAAAGAUUACCUGCAUGGAGAUAAUUCAGAUGUCAUCCCUACAGACACUAUCAAGAACACAGUUCAUGUCUUGGCAAAGUUCAAAGGGAUUAAAAGCAUAGAAACCUUUGCUUUGAAUAUCUGUGAGCAUUUCCUCUCUUCUUUUCACCAUGCCACCCGAGCUCAUGUCUACAUUGAGGAAGUCCCUUGGAAGCGUUUUGAAAAGGAUGGAGCUAAACAUGUCCAUGCGUUUAUCCACACUCCCACUGGAACACACUUCUGUGAGGUGGAGCAGAUGAGGGGUGAACCUCCAGUCAUUCAUUCUGGAAUCAAAGACCUCAAGGUUUUGAAAACAACCCAGUCUGGAUUUGAAGGAUUCAUCAAGGACCAGUUCACUACCCUCCCUGAAGUGAAGGACCGGUGCUUUGCUACCCAAGUGUAUUCCAAGUGGCGCUAUCACCAGGGCAAAGAUGUGGAUUUUGAGGCCACUUGGGACACUGUUCGGGACAUUAUCCUGGAAAAAUUCGCUGGGCCCUAUGACAGAGGCGAGUAUUCACCCUCUCUCCAGAAGACCCUCUAUGACAUACAGGUGCUCUCCUUGAGGCGGAUUCCUGAGAUAGAAGACAUGGAAAUCAGCCUGCCAAACAUUCACUACUUUAACAUAGACAUGUCAAAAAUGGGACUGAUCAACAAAGAAGAGGUCUUGUUGCCAUUAGACAAUCCAUAUGGCAAAAUUACUGGUACAGUCAAGAGGAAGCUGUCUGCAAAACUGUGACAUUGUGACCACCAGUAGAAGUCCAUCUUAGCUGAAGAAUUCCUUAAGUCAUUUGUGAUUCUGGAGAUUAUAAUGUAUAUGCAAAUUUUCAACCCAGUAUAUUAAUUUAUAGUAUACACUUUCCUCCUCUAUCAAAUAAUUUGUUUCUUUAUACCUAACUCAGGAAAAGGCAUCGUGUGGGUUAUUUCAUUAGUAAUUAUAAUAUGCUUUGUGAAUAUAGUUUACUUUAAAAAUGCUGAACACUAUUAGAAGAAUCAUAAAUCAAUACUUCUUUUUGGUGGUUUUGUGUAUUCCUAUCUUAGAGAAGAUUUAGAAUCAAUUUAUUAAAAAAAUCAUGAAUUAAGGGAGGGGUCACAUCAAUUAGUUUGAGCACAAGUAUGAGAAGCCAUUAUCGUUUUCAUCUUACUGAUGCAUCUACUGAUCAUCUUACUGAUGCAGAAAAUGUAAUAAAGCUAUACUGAAAAAUUUCA